UAUGCAAAACACACAAUGCUCACCGACACGUGGGGUCGUUGGUAGGCCGUGUCAUGUCUGUCCACUGACAUGUGGGACCCGUUGCCAGUUCACCCCCAACAUAAACGCGAUAGGUUCUUCUCUCCCACCUCUCAGUGAUCACCAGUACCACCAUUCCCCGUCCCCAAUCCACCUCAACCACCCAGCUUCCAUGGGUCGGAGCAACCCGGGGCUUCUACUGGGCAUCGUGCUGCUGCGGUUCAACUGGUGCUUGGCCGUGGAUGGCGGAGGCGCGGAGGAAGGGGGCGGCGUGUUUCCGGUGGUGGUGAGCACCUGGCCGUUCCGGGAGGCGGUCAGGGCGGCGUGGGACGUGGUGAAAGCCGGUGGCGCAGGGGGGUCGGCUGUGGACGCCGUCGUCGCCGGCUGCUCCGCCUGCGAGGAGCUCCGCUGCGAUGGCACAGUUGGUCCAGGUGGAAGUCCAGAUGAGGACGGUGAAACUACCUUAGAUGCUCUUAUCAUGAACGGGAAAACAAUGGAAAUCGGUGCUGUGGCUGCCAUGAGAUAUGUGAAGGAUGCAAUUAUGGCAGCAAAGUUGGUCAUGGAGCACACUGGGCAUACUCUUCUUGUUGGAGAGAAGGCGACAUCCUUUGCAAUUUCAAUGGGUCUUACAGGACCAACUAACCUGAGUUCACCAGAGUCAGUUGCGAAAUGGUCAAAGUGGAGACAGAACAAUUGCCAACCUAACUUUUGGAAAAAUGUUAACCCUGCUGGCAACUGUGGUCCAUACCAUCCUAUAAAUAUACCUAAGGACCCUGUUAAAAGUGCUGUAUGGGAGAAUGAAGGACUCACCUGCCAGGAAUGGCUCAAAAAUGAUAAUUUACUAGAACCGACAAACUCCCGUUUCAAGUCCGUUAAUCGUCACAACCAUGACACAAUCUCUAUGGCCGUCGUUGACAAGAUGGGUCAUAUAGCAGUUGGCACAUCAACUAAUGGUGCUACGUUCAAAAUUCCAGGAAGGGUAGGUGAUGGACCAAUACCAGGAUCUUCUGCAUAUGGUGAUGAUGAAGUUGGGGCUUGUGGAGCUACUGGUGAUGGUGAUAUCAUGAUGCGCUUCCUUCCAUGUUAUCAAGUAGUAGAGAGCAUGCGGCUUGGAAUGGAGCCUCGUGAUGCUGCCGUGGAUGCUAUAUCUAGAAUUGCUCGUAAGUACCCAGAUUUUGUUGGUGCUUUAUUUGCGAUUAACAAGAAAGGAGUGCAUGCCGGCGCGUGCCAUGGAUGGACCUUUCAGUAUUCUGUCAGGAAUUCCAGCAUGCAGGAUGUGGAGGUCAUCACAGUAACACCUUAACACAGGCAGACAAAAGGCUGAUUCGCCAAUAGGGCGUAUUCCUCUGUGUCAAGUUCUCUCCAUUCACUCCCAUGGUAAUGCAACAAUAUUAUGUUGGGCUUGUUCCCGGGUCAUCUAUUGGACUGCAAUUUUCUAUUGAAACUGCCAUGUUAUAUAAUGGUAGCAGAUUCAUUGAAUGCAUUGUAGUCUUCUCGAGAGAAGGUUGGGAUUGCACAUUGUCAAAUUUUGUCUUGCAACUACGAGUUUAAUGUACUAGCCAGGUGUACUUCUUUAA